CAACGAUUAGGCACACCAGAGAUAUAGGAGGAAUGUCUGCCACUUAAAUAAAUACCAACUGUAGAUACAAGCGCAUAUCAUUUAAAGAUUUUAUUCGAACAACAUGGAUAGGUGGGUUGGCAGUGUAGCUAUUGUAACAGGAGCCAGUGCAGGAAUAGGCAGAUCAAUUGCUGAAAAAUUAGUGGAAGCAGGAGUAAAGGUGGUCGGUAUUGCUAGAAGAAAAGAAAAAUUAGAUGAUCUACAGAAAAGUCUCGCAUCUAAGAAAGGAAAGUUCUUCCCGUACGUCGGGGAUGUUUCUAAAGAAGAUGACAUAAAAGGAGCAUUCAAAUGGACGAAAGAAAACGUUGGGCCAGUCAGCAUAUUAAUUAAUAACGCCGGUAUCGUUCGUUUAUCGCAAGCCUCGACAUUCGAAACGAAAGACUGGGUGGAUACUUUAAAUGUUAAUGUAUUAGCUGUUGGUAUUGCUACCAGAGAAGCUAUCCAAGAGAUGAAGAAAAACAAUAUCGACGGUCACAUAAUAAACAUUAAUAGUAUUGCAGGCCUAAAAAUUGGUUCUUUUGAACAAAUGACUAUUUAUCAAGGAAGUAAAUACGCCUUAACUGCUAUAACAGAAACGUUACGUUUAGAACUUGCCAAAUCUGGAUCGAAAAUUCGAAUGACAGGUAUUCAUCCUGGUGGCGUAGUAACCGAAAUAUUUGAACAAUUGUCAGAAAAAUUCGAUAAGGCUGCGUUAGAUAAGAUGAAAACCAUGUCAUUUUUAAAUGCAGAAGAUGUAGCCGAAACUGUUUUGUAUGCUUUAUCUACCCCAAAACAUGUUCUGAUCACCCAAUUAACGGUACAAGCGGUCGGGGAAAUUUAUUAAAAUUCUCAUUCGAUAAGUAAAUUACAACCUGGCCAAGUUUACUGUAUAAUUUCAUUUCGAAUUCUAUACUUGUGUAUUAAAUUGAUUAACACAUUGAAUCAUAUUUUAA